GCCUGCCGACUGUAGAGUGGAUGAGAGGGAGAAGCUGCUAGAAAGGGAGGGUGGAUCAUGCUGCAGCGCAUAUAGACGCAGGUUUACUUAUGGAAGGUAGUCGAGACGGCUAAGGUUUACAUAUACACGGGAAAAAGGAUCUGUUGGUGAAGGCUGUGCAGAAGCAGUUUGGACCUGAACACUGUGACCAAAAACUCCGCAAGUGCGACAUCUUUGACCAAGCACCAGGAAAUAUACUGUCUGCUUGAGGAACAGGACCAGCCAUGACCUCUCACGAUCCAGAAGUGUAUACGGUGGCACCGGAGAUGCCGGCCAUGUUUGACGGGAUGAAGCUGGCUGCCGUUGCUACCAUCCUCUACAUCAUCGUGCGGUGCCUGAACCUGAAAAGCCCCACUGCCCCUCCCGAUCUCACCUACCAGGACACGGCGCUCAACCGCUUUCUGCUCAAGUCAUGUCCAGUUCUGACCAAAGAAUACAUUCCUCCUUUGUUGUGGGGAAAAAGUGGCCAUUUGCAGACCGCCCUGUACGGCAAGUUAGGCCGGGUGAGUUCACCUCAUCCGACAGGCCUGCGCAAGUAUCUGCCCAUGCAGGACGGGGCCACAGCGACUUUUGACCUCUUUGAACCCCUGGCGGAUCAUCAGAGCGGAGCUGACGUCACUAUGGUGAUUUGCCCGGGCAUCGGGAACCACAGUGAGAAGCACUACAUCCGCACGUUUGUGGAUCACUCGCAGAAACAAGGCUACCGCUGUGCUGUGCUCAACCAUCUCGGGGCCUUGCCAAACAUCGAGCUCACCUCCCCCCGCAUGUUCACCUAUGGCUGUACUUGGGAGUUUGCAGCCAUGGUAGGCUACAUCAAGAAGAUGUACCCCCAGACCCAGCUGAUCGUGGUGGGCUUCAGCCUCGGGGGCAACAUCGUCUGCAAGUUCCUGGGAGAGAACCGUGCCAACCAGGAGCGAGUACUGUGCUGUGUGAGCGUGUGCCAGGGAUACAGUGCACUCAGGGCUCAGGAGACCUUUCUGCAGUGGGACCAAUGCCGGCGCUUUUAUAACUUCCUCAUGGCUGACAACAUGAAGAAGAUCAUUCUGUCCCACAGAGGCAGCCUGUUUGGUGGAGGUUCCCCUAAAAUGGUCGAUGCAGACCUAAGACGCCUCUACACCGCCACUUCGCUCAUGCAGAUUGACGAUAACAUCAUGAGAAAAUUCCAUGGCUACAGUUCCUUAAAGGAAUACUAUGAGAAGGACAGCUGUGUACAUUAUAUUCACAAUGUCAAUGUUCCACUGUUGCUGGUGAACUCUGCUGAUGACCCUCUGGUGCACGAGUCUUUGCUCACCAUUCCCCGCACACUCGCAGAAAAGAAAGAGAAUGUCAUUUUCGCCCUGACGCUGCACGGCGGUCACCUGGGCUUCUUCGAGGGCGCUGUUCUCUUCCCCCAGCCGCUCACCUGGAUGGAUAAGGUCAUCGUGGGCUAUGCCAACACUAUGUGUCAGUGGGAGAAGCAGAAGCCGGCAUGCCAAAGCCAGGGCGCACACGCUGCAGAGACCAAAUGCUCGGACAGCACAUCUUAACUGUUUCAACUCCUUCAGUUCAGGACCACAGCAGACCACACAGACCCUUCUGACCAGUCACUUUUUACACAAGCAUCAUUACUUCCAAAGUCACAAGUGAGGAUCACAUACACACGAGUAGGUAGACGUUUCAGAGCAAGAGAAACGACAGGGAAAAGCACGUUGACCAAAAAUGAACAGACACAUGUUGAGGCCACCCCACAAUCAUUAGUAAUUUAACAUGUAGGCAGGCACUGGCUUGCACGUAUUGAUUGUGCUGUGUGGAAGAGAAGGAAGAAAGACAGCUUUCAGCUGCUAGCGUGGAAAUGCUUCAGCACAAAACAGCUACUAUAGUCCAACACUGCACACUGUACUAUACAUAACCUUUGGACAGGGGCCGUUAUGCAGGCACUGUGUGCUUAUAGCUAGGACAGACAUGCUGCUGGCGCCUGGUUUGCCUCUUCUGUCUGGUACUUUGUUGUGCCGUUUAACUUGCUCAUCGGUCUGUUCGCUUCUUGAAUGGACCUCGUCAGCUUUUCCAUUGCUCUUUGAACUGUGUAAUUAACAACCAACAGAUUAUGUACAAAACUCAGCAGCUCAGCUUGACAGGCUGGAUUCAAACAGUUUUUGUGCCCUCAGUUUGAUGACUUCUUAAUAUUUUAAUUAAAGAAAUACUCUGGCAUUUUUCGACCUAACCUCUAUCUGCUGCAUCUUUAGCUUAUGAAAGAUUACUAUGAUAAUUUCACUAUGGAGAGAACAGGCUCAAAACAUACUUACCAUAGCCCAUUGGCUAAUUUUAUAAGUGCAUUUUGAAUCAGUAGGUUUUCCGAACACUGGGAAAUGUGUCAAAAGUAUUGUUUCUGGUAUUUAUCCAUGUGUUAUAUAUGCAUCAGAUAGAGACUAGGUUAAAAAAAACGCUAUUCAUUUAAAGCACUUUAUAUUAUUUUUGCCAUAUUCGCUGAGUUUUUGGCGGAGGUUCGAGGAGAGACUAGCUGAGACUAAAAAGAAAGCAACGAGAGAACUAAACGGAGGGAGAGAUGUUCAUACUCUUCACUGAACGACUCUAUGAUCCCUCCUGUUCACCAAAGCCUGUUGCAUUUUCUUCAGCAGAGUAGCCGCGUAGUUCACUAAUAUUUUUUUGACACUUCUGUCUCCGAUUUCCAGAAGAAUGAGUGAGGUCGAUUAUGUCUUUUGGAAAUGCAGUUGUUUGGUUUAAGUUGGAACUGUAAAUCCAGCAGGAGACGUCGCUGCUCAUUUGAACUUCACGUCUGUGAAAGCUGGCUCAUUACAGGCGUGCCACUUUGUUUGCUUUGACUGUGUAUGGUCUGUACCGUGUGCUUGACAAUGAGGCUUUUUAUUUGUGCCCAUUGUGUCUUGUAUUAUGAAAAGAAACUGAGCUGUCUCUAUUCACAGCGCCCCCUAUAGUAAUUUUUGCAUUCUGAAGUGUAAUGGAAAUGAAUAGCACCUGGUUUAAAGGGAAGACACCUAGAUUUUGUGUUCACUGAACACACCAUGACUUGAUAUUUUCUUAGUUGGAUCACCUGAGUGACCGUUGAGGAAUUAAAUACAGGACUGGUCAGUGUGUGCUUUAAGUGUAUGCUCUUGUGAUGGUCAUUGUGAUUAUAAUCGUCUUGGUUUUCUAUUGUCAGUUCAGCCUUUUAUUCCUUCAGUUUAAAGGAAUACUGCAGCAUUUUUCAACCUAAUCUUUAUUGUGUGUAGUAGAGAUGGUACAAAACUACUUUCUCUCCCGUUCCGAUACCAAUAUUGAAACCUUGAGUAUCAAUACCAUUUUUUUUGUUUGUUUAUUUAUUUUUAGGAUUCCCAUUAGCUGCUAUCAUGAUAGCUGCUCUUCUUCCUGAGUCAUACAGCGGAAAAAAUAAAAGAAAAACAAGAAGAAACUGAGAGAAAACAAAACGGAUGAAAAAUAGAAAAUAACACCAAUUGAAAAUGGAAAAAUUACACUGAAAGAAAAGAUUUUUUUUCUACUACUGAACUUUAAAAUGAGCUGUUUUUAACUGAAGCGCUUCACUUAAGAUAAGCAUCUAAAAGUAGGCUUUCAUGCUCAAACUAAACACUUUAUUGACCCCACAGGAAGAACUACACAGCUGAUUAUAUGGUUAAUUACCAUAUAAAUAAUUGCGAUAAACAUUUUUUUGUAGCUAUUACAGCACAAGACUAGAGUGGCCAAAUUGGCUGAUCAGACACAGCUCAAGCUCAAAUACAUAAACAUUACUCACUGCUGCCCUCUAAAGGUUUUAUAGCUCCAGUCAGAAGAUAUUUUGGUCAUUUUCUGAUCUUUUAUUUGCAUCUAUUUGCAACGACCCAACAAUUGUGAACCCGGUUCACUUUGUGUUUAUUGCCACGUAAAUAUGAUUAUGAGAGCUAAUAACUGAAAAAUGAUUGCAGUCAGCUUAAUCAGCCAUAGCAUACGGUUGAUUACUAUGGAUAAUAAGUUUGAUACAUAUUCCUGCACUUAAAAAUGAACAGAAAAUCUGCCGAUCACUGCUGAAAACAUUUAUUAUAGAAGCCAUUGGGCAGUUGUGGAGUUGGUCACUGCCCACUGGCUUCUAUAACAGGUUUUCUGUUCUUGUAUGGGGUAACGUGUUAAAAUCAUGUCCAUAGGAAACAACCACACGCUACAUGAAUGAAGCAGAUGAAGAUUAGGUUGAAAAACACUGGAGUUUUCCUGUCAGCCUUCUACUUAGCUUGAAUGAGUUAACUGUACCAUCGCUCAGAAAGAGGAUGAAGUGUUGGUGUGAGAGGAGGCUGUUCCUUUCAGUUGUCAGUAGAGUAAAGAUGCCUCCUGCUGGCCAUCCAAAGUAAUUGUCACUCAGAGAGAAGACACUGUGGUUUUUGCUUUGGUGAACGUGAGCCUGGCUCUGUUGGUUUUACUGCCAUAUGCACUAAAUGCUUCGUGCAUUCCGAUAUUAACUGGACCAUUUGAGCCCAGGCGGCCCAAACUGAGGACCUUUAGAGACGGUGUGCAAUCUCAUGCAGUUCUAUUUCGCAGUACUUCAUGUGAAUGGAAGUUCUUAUUAAACAGAUUGUCAGGAUCGUCCUUCUCAUGGUUUUUAUACGCUUUUAAAGGACCUUGCACAGGCAAAACUAGUCUGUUCAUCCACACUAGGGGAUCUGAACUAUUUGAGCCUUGCACACCAGCAUAACUUGAGUCUCUGCUGUCACUUGAUUCAGAACUUCUGCCUUUCUGAAUGUUUUUCACUUUUUUUGCACAAAAAUGCAGGCUUUUGAUGUAUGUCCUCAAAUAAUUUCUGAAGUUUAACUUGAUUCUGCUAUUUUUGUUCUUGUAUUUUAUAUAUUUUUGUCAUUAUUCUUAUUCUUAUUGUUAUUAUUCUUCUUAUUAUUGUUGUUAUUUACUUGUGUGUUGGAUGAUGAUGAUGAUGAUGAUUGCAAAUGAAUGAACGUUGGUGUCUGUUUAUCAUAUCACCACCUUUGAUUAUGACAACCAAAAUCACAAUCACAUGUCUGAAAAAUUGCAAAGAAAUGUGUUAUUUAAUAUGGACUAGAGGACAAUAUCAGCAAUAAUGUGUUAUUUUUCCUCCUUUCUCCAUGCCAAACUGCAUAGCCUAGUCCUGAAAAAAAGGACCUUGUGUCAAAUUGGGAGUAUGGAGAAAUAGCAUUCUUGCUGUUGUCACAAAAUAAGUGUAGAGUUUAGAAGUAAUGCCCACAAUCAGUAGAAGACAGUAUUUGUGAAAUAUCUAUUUUGGACCCAAAUUGCUGAAUAUUAAAAAAAGCAAGAUGUCAUGCUAAGAAGAUGUUUAAAAUAUUUUAAUAGUAUUUUUAGAUUAUAUUAUUCAUGAAUCCAUUGGCUUUUACAUUCCCACUAAAUCUCACACUGUCCGGUGCUCAUAGGCUAAAAGCCACUCAGUACUUCUCCAACAAAUUUUGCUUCUUUUUAGAAUUGAACACAGUUAUCCACUUUGUCUUUACAGUGCUGUGUGUUUGAUGGGUGGUUUAUACCCAUAAAUAUCAUAUUCUGCUCUUCACUCACCAUAAAACAUAAAUCUAGAUCACUUGUGUGUAUUUUUGUUUUGGGGAAAAACCAGUGGUGUGUGAUUGAAUAAUUGGAUUAAAUAUGGUUACUGUGUUCCAAAAUAAAUUAUUUUCUUGUA